GGGGGAUAUCGGCUGCAGGAUUCACAACAAAGAUGGAGGAUUCUCAGCGAUUUCCAUACAGACGUCAACUGAGACGUGUCCGCUAGACGUUCAGCGCACUGUCCGGGUUUCCUCAUGGUUUAGACGUGGGGUUUUACAGUGAAAUGGAUUGCUCGGCGUUUCCAGAGCCAAACGUUGAGAAGAAUGUCUGCAUCGUUGGCUCAGAGCCGGUGGAAAACUACACAGUUUAUGUAAUUGAGGUGAAGGUUGGAGAUCACCGGUGGAUUAUUAAGCAUCGCUACAGUGACUUCCAUGAUCUGCAUGAGAAGCUUACUUCAGAGAAGAAGAUAGACAGACAUCUGUUGCCUCCUAAGAAGAUCAUUGGUAAAAACUCUAAAAGUCUUGUGGAGAAGAGGCAGAAAGAGCUGGAAGUGUAUCUCCAGACUCUGCUCAGCAGAUUCCCGGUGGCCGCACCUAAAGUUUUAUCCGUAUUUCUGCAUUUGCAUUUAUAUGAAAUCAAUGGCAUCGCUGCUACAUUGGCAGAAGAUCUGUUCCACAGAGGUGAGCAGCUGUUAGUUGCUGGUGAAGUGUUUCUCCUGAGGCCACUCCAGCUCUAUGCCAUAACCCAACAGCUGAAGCUCGCCAAACCAACCUGCGCCAAUGGAGAUGCCAAGGCAGAUCUGGGACACAUACUUGACUUCGCCUGCCGGCUCAAAUAUCUAAAGAUCCCUGGAACUAAAGGAGUUGUGGGUUCAAGCAAUAUUGAGGAACACCAUCUGCCAUUCGACCUCUCAGUGUUUAAAUCUCUGCUCCAGAUCGAGAUCACUGACUGCAGUUCCACACAGAUAAAAGGACUCCCCUCGCUGAAGCCCACAUUAGCUACACUCAGCAUUCACCUCUCAGCUGCUUCCAUGAAGGAGAUUUUAGUUCCAGAGUCUGCAGAGUUUGCCCAAUGGGAGCCAGAAGGUGUGGCUAUAGACUGCCCAGUAACUGCAAUCAUUCCAACGUGGAAGAUGCUGACCACUCUCGACAUGAGCCGCAACUACAUCUGCAGCAUCGACGAGUCUGUGAAACUGAUUCCUGAAGUCGAAUUCCUGGAUCUCAGCCACAACAAGCUAUUUUUGGUGGAGAAUCUGCAGCACCUGUAUAAUCUGAUUCACCUGGACUUGUCCUACAACAAGCUCACGGUUCUUGAGGGAGUUCACACCAAGCUCGGAAACAUUAAGACUCUGAAUUUGGCUGGAAACCAGCUAGAAACACUCUCUGGUCUCAGUAAACUUUACUCCCUGGUGAAUCUGGACUUGAGCAGUAACAGAUUAGCACAGUUGGAUGAAAUUAAACAUAUUGGGACACUUCCCUGUUUGGAAAAGCUCUUCCUCACCAACAAUCCCAUGUGCAUCAUUCCAGAUUACAGAACUAAAGUUCUGGCUCAGUUCUGCGACAGAGCUUCAGAGGUGUGUUUAGAUGGUACUCUAACCACUGAGAAGGAGCUGGAUACUGUGGAAGUGCUGAAAGCCAUUCAGAAAGCCAAAGAAGUAAAAGACAGAAUGGCAAACAACGAAAAAAAGAUCAGUGAUGUCCCCAGACACGCUGAGGGCGGCUCAUCCUCCUCGUCUUGCUCUCUCGCUGCGCCACCGUCUUCCUCCCCCCCUCUGUCGCACUCUGCCAGCUCCAGCCAAGAAAUAGCCUGCAAAGAAGAAGCCAUUCUUACCAAAGAAUUAUUGACUCAUGUGGAUUCUACACUUCCCCAGCAAUUCUGUAAAAAAUAUAUCGCAUCAUGUGAGCUACCCCCUCAGGUUAAAACACAACUUGGAACCUGUUCGUUUCCCGAGAUCCUUUCUGAAUCAGUGAAGGAUGAAAGCUCAGGAUGUUUUUACUGCAAAGAAGAUCAGAACUCCUGGACCAGCAGAUUCUCCACACCAGUUCUUCCCCUCUGUUAUCUCUCCUACACCACCUCCAACCUGGACUUCAGAACCUUACUGUCUGCUUCCAUCUGCCAGGAAGAUAGAGAGCGGACAUCCUCCCGGCCGUGCAGGACCACCUCUGUAGACGUCCCCCAUCAGGGCAGCCCUGACUCUGGAGGAGGGUAUUUUGAGAUGGGUCUUGACCAUUGUGAGGACAUCAUGGGCUGCUCGUCCUCAUCCUCAUCCACAGUUCCAGACAAGGAAUCUGAAGGAACUGAGGAUACAGGGAAGUCAAGUUUUAGCGUGAAUCAGCUUGUGUGGUGUCACUGUGUCUGCGUGGCUCAGGAUGUCAGUGUGAGUCAGUGGACAUGCUGUUUGGCAGCGACAGAGGACUUGCUUGUUGUUUUUCAGGCGAGGUCCAAAGAUCUGCCCAACAGCUUGCAUGAGCUGAUGGAGAACCUUGAGAUAGCAUUAAUGGUGCCAUAUACGGACAUUGAGGUUUUUCAGUUUGACAUUCCAGACACUUGCAUCUUAUUAAAGGUGAGGUUCAGCGAUGCACAGUGGCGUUUCUUCUCAAAUGUCCAGAAUGUAAAAAAUAUGCAUUCAUAUGUAACCAACCUAAUGAUUAAAACACCAGGAGAGCCAACACAUGCAUCAUCCAACAUCCAGCUCUUCAUUCAACAGUUCUUAAAUUCCUGGGAAAUUGAAGAAAACGACAUUGGAGUCAAGAACGGAUUACUAGUUCACAUCCUGGACCGUUCCUCAUUGUUGACUCCCACUCAAGAAGUCACGAACAAUCCACGACAAGGUUUGAUACCCUCGGACGUUCUUUCUAUGCUCCACGAAAGUCACACCUCCAUCCCUGUAGUCCUGUUCCUCACCACUCGCCACCUCUGCAUCCUCAAAGUGGACUUUGCAGCCCUGGCCAUAAAAGGCUCAACUGACGCCGGUCGCCUUCGCUCCUGCAGCAAGUUGACACGCAUCCCAUUGGCGUCCACCCUGCUCAACCCCAAACACGGCUGCGUUGAUCAGUGCAGCAGCAGCUCUGACGCUCAUCGUUUCUGUAACGGUCAUGUUCUGGAGCUGAUGGCCGGGCAUGACCACCUCGCUGUGGUAUUCACUCUGCCCCACGACAAGUUCUUGUUCCUGAGGCAGUUUGGCCAGUUCCGUGCCAGCCUGAGGGACAUCAAGACCAUCGCUCUGCUGCAGACCAGACAAGCGAAAUUUGCCAUGCCCACCAAAACCUCCCAAAGAGCAGAGAAAAAGAGUGUUCCUCAGGAUGUGCAGAAGCCCUGUUUAACCCUGUCCCUGCUGUACCCGGGUGAGACGCUGAUCCAGCAGCUCUCAGAGGAGAACCAGUGCCCCUGCCACCUCUCACUCUCCUCCUCCCUCCAGUACCUCUCCUCCCUCAGGGGCGAUGACCUCAUCACCUUCUUCCACCACAACAUUGCUGAGGUGGAAAAUGAAGAGUUAAAGCAUAUACUCUGGACGCCUGUUCUUUUCUACAAAUCACCUGAUGUGGAAAUGACUGCAUGCAUUAUGUUGUCCACCAAAGCUGUGUACUUCAUCCUAGAUGAUGUAGCCUCCACCCUCAGUGACCAAGCUAUGAUGUGGAGCUGGCACCCAUCAGAGCACAAAGACGCAGAUUUCCUCAUCUCUUUCUGCUUCACCAUGAAACUGAACGAGCUGCAGAGCGUGAAUGUGGGGCUGUUUGACCAGUACUUUAGAGUGGUGGGGCCGUCUGCUGAGCACAUCAUCUCCUGCCUGACCCGAGACAGCUACAGUACCCACCACUUCCUCCAGCAGCUGAUGACCGUGCUCUCCUUACAGGAGAAGGUUCCCUCACCAGAGCCCUCCGAGCAGGACUUCUACACCCAGUUUGGGAAUAAGAGUACAGGUAAAAUGGUGAAUUAUGAACUGGUUCACUCCAGCAAGGUGAAGUUUGUGUACCCGAGCGAGGAGGAGAUUGGAGACCUCACCUUCAUUGUGGCGGAGAGAAAGGGCCCUCAGGGAUCUGCUCAAUCCUUCAAUAUCCUCUUCUACGUGCUGGUGUUCCAGGUGCGGACCGCUCCGGGCCCUUCAUCUGAUAAGCAACACCAGCACCAGCUGCAGCCCAAGACCCUCAUCCUGACCAGCACGGACGUCUUCCUGCUGGACGAGGACUACAUCAGCUACCCACUGCCCGAAUUCGCCAAGGAGCCGCCACAGAGGGACAAGUACUGCCUGACUGAUGCCCGGCGGAUACGUGACCUGGACCGCGUGCUCAUGGGAUACCAGACGUAUCCUCAGGCGCUCACUCUGGUGUUUGACGACGUUCCUGGCCCGGACCUCCUGUGCCAUCUUACCAUGGACCACUUUGCAGAAGAGCAGGCGAAGGGGGACAGGGUGCAGGGGAACGGCGGGGCUGAGAGCGAGGUCCAGUGGUGCAUCUUUGUGCCGGGGGCUGAGAGCAGGGAGCGGCUGAUUUCACUGCUGGCCCGCCAGUGGGAGGCGCUGUGCAGCCGUGAGCUUCCAGUGGAGCUUACUGGGUAAAGCAUAUUUGGAGCUCAUGUUCUUUGUGUGUUUUUUUUUUUUUUUUUUAAAUCAUGCAGUACAAAAAGGGAGGAACAGUAACAUUUAGAUCUCCCCCAACCAAUGCACAUACCACACACAUAACACACUGUCACAUCAUCGCUGUUGUAACAAUAGAAAUGUUCCUGGUUUACACUUUUAUAUACAAAAUUCUAAUAAAUUAAGAUGCUACAAAUGGUUCCUUUAUCGAUGCCACAAAGAACCACUUUUUACUUUGAUAUAGAACCAGUUUUGAAGCGGAAAGAACCUUUAAACAUCAGUUGAUGUUCUUCAGUUCGGUUGAUCAGUUCUUUAGACCUAAAAGGUUGUAACUUAUACUAAAACAUCUCUGUUUGGCAAACGUCUAAGGCUAUGAUCAGACUGCCAACCCAAAUCUCAUUUUGGUGUACCUAGAUUGUAUCCAGAUUGAUUUUUGAUAGUCUGGACAGCCAGAAACCACACAAAACACGAUUUGGGAUCCAGUUGAAUCCAAACCACAUUUGAAGGUGGUUUGAAAUGCGAUUCCAGUCAGAUUCCAAUCAUAGUCAAAAGCAUUACAGCCUGGGUGCUGUUUUAAGUCACAAAAACAUCAAAUCCAAAAUGAGAAGAGCGCCUAAAGUUUUGCCAACAUCGAUACCACAGCAACCCAUGCAGAUACGAGUGUGGUCACUUUGACCACAAUACUGCUGACAGUCAGCUCAACACAUCUGAUCUAAGAAACAAAUUUUUUUGCUUGCAGUCUGAACAUAGCCUUAGCCACACCCAACCCAACACCUAACAUACCUCCUACAUCUCUAUUUCAUCUCUAGUUCCUUAAAGAACUAAUGUCAUUGAUUUUCUAUAUCAUUGCAUUUUAAACCAUAGACCACUGCAGUCAUGUAAUCAUUUUGUAGCCGGUUUAUGGUUUAUGCCCAUAUUUGGGGUUCAGAGUUUGAGGUGAAUAAAAAAAAAAAAAAACGCCCAUUCAUUUCGGCCAUAUAGAAAUGCAGCUUAGACAUAGAACCCAAAAUAUGGGCAAACGAGGAUUUCAGAAGGCCGAGUGCAGUGGUAUGUUUGUAGCUCCUUUUUUAUUUUUGAGACUUUUGAUGAACAAACAUUUGGUCUACAAAGACCCCUGCAGAUGGCUCAUAGUAUUGCUUCAACCUAACUUCCGCAAUAUAUGUAAUAGGUACAGAGCAAAAAUGUAGAUCAGACCAUUGUCUUGCUGCUUUGUCAUCAGCGGCUGGAGUCUGAGAGAGUACGGUUGGCCCUCAUGCUCUUUCUCUGGGUCAGUACCGUAUAUUGUGCUCUCUCCCCUCAUAGAUACUAUUGUGAUGCUGGCCGGCACAGGCAUCUAUUACCUGAUGUAUCAGAGCUGAGGAUUCAGCGCUUUCUUCUGAGUGCACUGUAAUGUCUUCUAGUAAUGCUGCAUUUAUUACUGGCAGUUAAAAAGAGCCAAGCUGACUUUAUAUGUAUCCAAGGAGGUAUGAACUUGUCUUGUCCUCAUUUGUCCCGUCUUCUUAGAUUCUUUACCUCUCAUUUACAAACCUCACAACUGAAAAGUUAGUUUAAGUGCUUCUCAAAGUGGUUCUUCUGUGAUUUUGUGCCAAGAACCUGAUUUGCCACCUUUAUUUUCUAAAAAAAAAAAAUCUUGUUACAUUGACGCUAAACAUUUUAAAAUUAUGAUUUUUGUAUAAAUUUACUGUUUGACAAUGCUGGGUUGGUUAUGACAGUGAUAAUGUGCACAUACAUAGACUCACACACACCUACACAUGUGAAUAUGUUGGCUAAUUUUUUACUCUUUUGUUUUGUAAUUCCUUAAAUACGGAUGCAUCCUGGGAAGUUGUGUCUAGAGUCCACAUGAGUGUAAUGUUUUCUUUUAUAUCAGGCUUCGAACUUUGACUCGUCUUUUCUUCGCUGCUUUCUUAUUGUCUUAUUUAUCUGCUGCUGUGCACAAUCCACAAACAACAUGUAAAUGACUGAAAAGAACAAAGUGAAUUCUGUGUAUUAUUUUACGUUUCAGACAGUAUUCAUAUUAUUAUUAUUAUUAUUGUAUUUUAAUCAUAAUUAAGUAAAUAUAUACUUUUUUGGACAAAAGCUUUUCUUAGCUGAUUUUACUUUAGUGUUUUAAAGACUUUUAGAAGUUAUUUUGAGUUGUACUGUCUAUAUCUCCAGGUUGCACAUCCCACAAAUGGAAAACAAUGUGUUUACAGGAUAUUGUGGUUCAGUGUGUUUAGGUGCAACACUUUGAGAUUAUUUCACAGCGGGAAUUCUGAACUGAACAUGCACUUUUAUGAAUGACUUUUAUGAAUAAAUGUGGUUAAUGCAAAA